UUCUACCAAACCCCAAGAGGCCAAGACCCAACCAUAUUAAAAUCUCUUUUCUUGAAAUAUAGUCUUAUAUUGCCCAAUAAAAUAAAAUCUCUUCACUCUCAAACAACUCCUCUCACAACACAACAACAAUGGGCUUUGAUGAUGAUGAACAUCCCCCUUUUCAUAGAAAAAAUAAAUAUGAUCUUAAUAGUAGGAUCAUGAUAACAGCCAUAAUUUCAUUAUCUAUUGUUGUUUUCUUUGUCACUCUCCUCCACAUAUAUGCAAGGUGCGUCCUUAGACGCCAGGCUCGACGUAGGGCGGCGCUUCAGCGUGUCAGCAUCGUCACCAAUGCCACCCUACAGGUGGUCGAGCAUCCUAAAAUGGGGCUCGAUGCUUCCGUCAUAGCUUCGCUACCGGUAUUUAUUUUCAAGAAAAACGAUCAUGAAAAUAAUUCAAUUGAGUGUACGGUAUGUUUGAGUGUUUUUGAGGAUGGAGAAAAGGCUAGGACUUUGCCUAAUUGCAAACAUAUUUUUCACGCUGAGUGUAUUGACAUGUGGUUCCAGACACAUUCAACGUGCCCGAUUUGUCGGACAGAGGCGGAGCCUAAAGAGGGCGCUGUAGAACCUACAGUGCCCUCUGCUCCGCCAAUCGAGAAUGGAAAUUUGACUAAUGUAGCUAUAAAUAUGGAAGGGAUUUAUUCGGAUUGUGGAUUAACACAACAACCUUCAUCAUCAACAUCAGCGAAAAUUACUGGAUCAAAUUCGAGAUUAAGCUCGUUUAGGAGGAUGCUUAGCAGAGAAAAAUCAUCAACACGAAUUCCAGUUCAAUCUCGUGGUGUUGAAGAUGGUGUAAAUGAUGUUGAGAGACUGUGAUUAUUGUGCAUAGGUAUGAAUUAUGAUGUUUAUUAGUACAAAUACGAAACUCCUGGGAACUUAAUUCAUUUCUUAAUUCUCUCCUAUAUCUUUCUUGUACACACAUAAGGUAAUGUCAAAAGGAGAUAAUUUAUUUUUCCAGCCAAAGUGUUUUACCACUUCUUCAUUGGAGCUUCCUACUUCGGAAGACUUCUUUUGUUAUCAAUAUGAUCUGUUUUUAAUAAGACCAA